GUUGCGGCGCGGAGGGGCAGCUGCGCACGCGCCGUGCGGCCCCCAGUCAUGUCGGCGGCGAUGGCGGGCGGCGCGGGCGCCGAGCGGAAGCUGCAGCAACAACAGCAACACCGGCCCUUCCUCAUCGCCGUCAGCGGCGGCACGGCGAGCGGCAAGUCAUCUGUGUGUCAGAAAAUUGUUGAGCUGCUGGGGCAGAAUAAAGUGGACCAAGACCAGAGGCAGGUGGUGAUCCUGAGCCAGGACAGCUUCUAUAAGGUGCUGACCACAGAGCAGAGGGUCAAGGCCAGCAAGGGACAGUAUAACUUCGAUCAUCCAGAUGCAUUUGACAACGAGCUGAUUCUCCGCACCCUCAAGGAUAUCAUCAACGGGAGGACGGUGCUGAUUCCAGUCUAUGACUUUGUUAAUCAUUCACGGAAGCCGGAGAUGUUGCCGGUUUAUCCCGCAGAUGUGGUUCUUUUCGAGGGCAUUCUGGUUUUCUAUUCGCAGGAGAUCAGGGAUAUGUUCCACAUGAAGCUCUUCGUUGAUACAGAUGCCGACACACGUCUCUCUCGCAGAGUUUUGCGGGACAUCAACGAGCGGGGCCGUGACUUGGAGCAGAUCCUGACGCAGUACACGACGUUCGUCAAGCCUGCCUUCGAGGAGUUCUGCCUUCCGACCAAGAAAUAUGCUGAUGUUAUUAUCCCCCGGGGAGUCGAAAAUCUAGUUGCCAUCAACCUGAUUGUGCAGCAUAUUCAGGAUAUCCUGGCAGGUGGCCUGACCAAACGCAAUGGCUUUGUGAACGGACACUCCAUACUGCGCACCCGUCACAGCUCCGAGUCCAGCACCCGGCCACACUGACCCCGGACCACGGCCUGGGAGCACCAUCACCAUCCACCUUCUUCACUGUCGAGAGUCUCGCCGUGAGGAUAGCUGGGCUCCCCCCCCCAACCCCCCCCCCCCUUUCCUCAUUACAAGGUCUAAUUUCACUGUGUCCACGGGCUUCCCUGUGUUAGCAGUGGGGAGCGAGUGCACAGGAGUGGUUCAAUGCAUCUGGAAUUAUUGAUUGGGCUGUGUAUCUGUCAAAGGGGGUAUUGACCCCAGAGCCACAUGUUCACUUUGGGGAGUGGGAUGGAGCACUUGUGGUGUGUAGCCCCCCCCCCCCCCCCCCCCCACCCCCC